CCGCAUCUGCUGUGUCGAUGCUCUUAUUCCUAAAGAGAAUGAUCAGGCCAGACGUAGCAUGAAGCAUUGGGGGGAAAGCUAAGAAGAGAGUCAACUGGCCGAUGUCAUCGGGAAACGACGUCAUCCACGUGGGGUUGGGCCGUGACGUCACCCUCCCGUCUCCCUCCAACUUGUUGGUUGUUAUACUCUUUCCUUUUUAUCUUUCUAUCUUCCCCUUUCUUCUGCUGGCAUUGCAUCGCAUCGCGUCACAUCCUGGACCCCGCAUCGCAAAUCUGUUCUGCCACCCGUUAGGAUACCCCUUAGACGAAAUACCCCCGACCGGCUCGCUCAGCCACCCACGAAAGUCUAAUCAGGAACCACAAAGUCAGAUCCAAAGAAACAACACCAACUCAGCUCGGAAAUCACCGAAAAUGGUCGGCUCCAUCCACGAACGCAUUCGCGAAGACCUUAUCGGCAAGGAGCGUCGUCUCUGGACGGCGCUCACCUCGGCUGACCCGGGGCCCGAAAUCAAGAAGAUGUGUAACGAAGAGGCCAACCUACUUUUUCCGCAGCGCGAGGUUCUGCACCUGCAUUCGAAGCCGUCAAUCAGCGAGGCACUGAAGCCACCCUUCCAUCACUUCGACGAGUACGAACUGCAGGAGGUGCGCGUGAUCGUCAUCGACUUGAUGGCCGGGUCAGUAACGUACAAGAUCAAUGCGCGCCGCGGAGAAGAGACGUACCGGGGCACCGGGUCGACGACAUGGAGCCAGGGGAGUGAUGGAGAGUGGCGGAUUGUGGUGCAUCAGGAGACAUUAAUGUGAUGAGAUGAGAUUCAUUGAGAUUCAGAUGUAGGGGGGCGAUAUGAGAAGUGGCAGUGACAGUAGGGGAUGGAUGGAAUGGACGAAUCAUGAUUUGUUUUGAUGCAGUCUGCUGAUGAAUAUUCUUUUUCUUGUUACAUUAAUUUAUUUCUUUUUUUUUUCGUUGG